AGUGGAGGCCUGCGGUGAUGCUGGCAGCCAUUGACUGCGCCGACGAGGCCAACCAGCGAGUGUGCGCUGAUUUUGGGAUAACCGGCUUCCCCACGCUGAAGUUCUUCCGAGCUUUUAGCAAGAAGGUGGAGGAUGGGAUAAGGAUUACCAAUCCCAGUGCCACUGUUGAAGACCUGCGCCAUGCCAUCAUCACCAACCUGGAGCAAAGCCAGGAUGCCUGGCCUCCCGCCUGUCCUCCGCUGGAGCCAGCAAGCGCGGAGGAGGUUCACAGCUUCUUCCAGAGGAACAAGGACCAGUACCUGGCACUGAUCUUCGAGAAAAGCAACUCCUUUGUGGGCAGAGAGGUGGCACUGGACAUGCUGCAGUAUGAGAACGUGGCAGUGAGGAGGGUGCUGAGCAGCGAGGAGGAGCUAGUGGAGAAGUUUGGCGUCACCACCUUCCCCUCCGGCUACGUGCUCCUCCGCAACGGCUCUUUCUUCCGCCUGCCCGUGCACAUGGAGGCACGCUCCUUCUACACUUACUACUUGCGCGCACUCUCGGGAGUCACCCGCGGCUCCUACAAGCUGAACACAACUGCUGACACUUCCAACGAGACCGAUGCGUCCCAGCUAAAGCAUGCUGACCGCUCCAAGUUGUACAUGGCCGACCUGGAGCCCACGCUGCACUACUCGCUGCGGGUGGAGACCGCCCGUGCCUCGGUGCUGUCGGGAGCCCAACUGGCCGCCUUCAAGUGCUAUGUGGCCACGCUGGUGAAGUACUUCCCCGGGCGCUCCUGCGUGCAGACCUACCUGCGGUCCCUGGAUGGCUGGCUGAGGAACUGGACGGAGCCCGAGCUGCCCCGCAGCACCUUGAAGGAGGCCGUGAAGAAUAAGAGAGAU